AUGGCAUCCAGUUCUGGUCCCAGUUCUGGUCCCAUUCCUGGACGUGACUCACUCACCAGCAAGAGCGGCAAGCGCAGGAUUGUAAUUGCAGUGCCUGAUUCUCCAUCGAUACUGUCUAGAUCCAUUAAACGGUCUCGAUCUCCUAUCCCAAUACCCAGUGACGACGAGGAGGAACCGCUUCCCAGGCGCCAGAAGAGACCAGCGCACCAGAUGUACCCCUUCGCCUGUCCAUUUUACAGGCAAAACAAGGACCUGUACUCAGCAUGUCUUGAGGACGAGGAGAAUCAGGUCGGCGACAUCGACAACAUCUAUCGACAUGUUACAAGAAAACAUCGUGCACCAGAUCAUUAUUGCCCUUGUUGUGGCGUCCCCUUUGACAAUAGAGCCAGCUGUGACGAGCAUAUCCGGGGCAGGACGUGUGAAGCGAUAUAUCCUGCCCCAAGUUUUCAAGGCCUGACGAGCCAGAUGCGGGUGCAAUUAGACCAGGAAUUCAACAAGCCCACAACAGGGAAGGAUGACGACGAGAAAUGGUUUCGAGUGUUCAAUUUCCUAUUUCCGACAGAGCGCAGUCAGGGAAUAUCUCCAUAUCUCGACGCCGACGAGGUCCGCACCAAGACGUUGCUCUCUCUCAAGGUCUAUAUUAGCGAGCGCGGGGGUCACGACACGAGGAACGCAAUGACCACGAUGAUUGACGAAUUCUCAGAGCAAACCCUGUUACACUCGGCGUCCCUUGGGGGCGUGAUAACAAUUGCUGACAGGAAUGUUGGCGCAUCAUCGGCUGCGAGGCCUGGACAACAUGUGGACGAAGACGCAAGAGCCAACGCAGCUACCACAACAGCUAUACGGGCCAUUUCCACUACUUUUAGACCGCCAAUAAGCGAGUCUCCUUGGGCCUCAAGCCUACCCACCGGAGGGUACAUGGCGGGUGGGACAGACUGCAACCGCCGGCAGCUUCGGCAGCUUCGCCCAGUAGCAGCACGCAGGCGCGUGUUGACUAAGCCUACAUGUGACGCUUGUGCCAAGAGCUUCAACCACGAGAAAUCCCUGGCACGUCAUAUCAGGUUGGUGCAUCGCGACACUGAAUACAAGUGUCCCGACUGUGACCGUAUAUUCAACCAAUGGGGCCUUCUCCAGAGUCAUAUCAGGUCGGAGCAUCCCGACACUGUAUACAAGUGUCCCGACUGUGGCCGUACAUACACUCAGCGGAGCAGUCUCAAGCGGCAUAUCAAAAAUACAUGUGAGGGUGCCACAGACAGCUAG